AUGGGUUCGAAAUCAAAGUUAAAGUAUGCCAAUGCAUGCAACAAAGAUAGAAUCAGUGCAUUACCAGAUGAAAUUAUCUGCGGCAUUCUUUCCAGCCUGUCAACUAAAGAAGCUGCAAGGACCAGUAUUAUAUCACCGAGAUGGAGGAAUGUGUGGGCUCAUGUUCCCACUCUAGACCUUUGUGAUAAGCAUUAUCAAAGAGAAUUUAACCCAGUUGGUUUUUCUGAGUUUGUCGAUCGUGCACUCUGCAUUCAUAGCCCGUUCAACAAUCAUGAAUUCCGUCUCUCUAGUGCUUUUGCAGAGUUUGUAGAUCGUGCACUCUCCAUUCGUGGCUCGUCCAAAAUUCACAGACUCCGUCUUUGUUGCUCUGGGGUGAAGAAUUAUCCUCUUAUUGAUGCUUGGAUAAGGACUGCCAUUAGGCUUAAUGUUGUUGAACUCGAACUUGUUCUGUAUUCUUUUGGCCGCCCUUUUGAGUUGGCUAGAAAUCUUUUCACGUGUAAAACGCUGGUCGUUUUGAAGCUUUUGCUGGAAUCAAAUAUUACCUUCACUCCUACAUCAGAUUGUUUCCCAAGUCUUAAGUUCUUCCAUGCUAAAGUCUAUGAUCCUGAUGCUGACUCAAUGGAGAAGCUCUUUACUUCUUGCCCUGCACUUGAAGAAUUGAUCAUAGGAGGAGAUAUUAUAGCUAGUAAAGUUUUGAAUUUUAAUAUAGAGGCACCUGAACUAAACAGACUGAAAAUAUUCUUGGCGGAAGACGACUUUUGGGAAGGAUCCGAAUCAAAUAUCUUUUUCAAUGUUAAUGCUCCAAAUCUUGAAAAGUUUGAUCUCGAGGCUGAUUUUGUAGCAAACUAUAUUUUGAAUGCAAAUUCACUCAGCGAAGCCAAGAUUGAUCUCGAAUAUGUGCACACGUCUGGGUACAUUGACUAUGAACUUGGUUGUGUUGAUCGUCUGGAAAGGCUUUUUGCAGGACUUCUCAAUGUGAAAUAUCUGUCACUUUCAGCUCCACUUUUCGGGGUAAGUUUUCUGUAA